AGAGAGAGAGAGUGGGGUCAGGACUGCGCAGAGGAGGAGAGAGAAUGGGAAAAGGAGACAUGUUGGAAAUAUAUGAUAUCAAUUUGCCACCAUGUUUAGCAAGGAAUAGUCAUACGAAUAAUAGACGGAUCUGCGUGCAGACUCCAUCAAUGAUUGCUUUGACGGACAACGAUCCAAUAGCAAAGUCAAGUCAACUAGUUUCGUCGGGUGCUAACUAGUAGGGUAGAGCGAGAGAAAAAGAGAGAGUGGGGUUUGGACUGCACAGAGGAGGCGAGAGAAUGGGAAUAAGAGACAUGUAGAUUGAGCUUUGGUGGGGUUGCGCGUCGUAAGAAGUAUAAUAAAAUUAAGUUGGGCGAUUUUUCGAUGGGUGAUAUGAAAGUCCUACGUAGGGUUGGGUAGGCUAGUACCGGGAGUUAUUAUAUGGUUUAUAGGUCAGGUAGAUCAAAUCCAAUCGAACCAUAAAUCAUUUGAGCUCUAGGGUGAAAUGCACACGACCACGCUAGUCCCCAAUCAAGUCAAUUCAAGACCGAUGCACGAAGCAUAAAACUGAAGUACCUGUCUAUUUCCCAAUUUGGCAAUACGUGCAAAUGCAGAUUCUGCGAAUCUUCAACUCAAACCUCAGGCGGGAGCUGCCAAUGUUGAAGAAGGAAAAGUUGGCUUCUGACAAGUCCACCGUAAAAGUCAAGAGUUUAUUAGUUUCAUGGAGAGGAGUUUGGCAAUUUAAAUAGCGGUGGCGUGCAUCAAAUUUGAUUCAUCAGCCUCUUCUUUCCUAGCAAUAGCAAAAUGGAGGAGCAGAUUGCGGGGAGAAGAUUGAUCCUGGCUAUGCUGAAACCGGCAAUUCAGAUGGCCUUCGCUUGUAUUGUGCUUGUUUUCGCAGCUGCAGCAGAAUCAUCUCCUCAGAGUCUAACCUGGCCAGGCUGUCCGGACACAUGUGGCAAUCUCACUAACAUUCCGUAUCCUUUCGGAAUCGGACUUGGCUGCUUCUUGGAUCCCCGAUUUGAGAUCGAUUGCCAGCAAACCCAUGGCAUCUCUACUCCGGUACUUAAGAAUUUAAGUGUGGUGGUGUUACAUAUCUGGCUACCUAGUAGUUUAGCUCCGGGUCUCAUUAAGGUCAGCCAGCCUAUACUGUACUCCCAUCUUAAUUGUUCAACCAAUCAGCAAAAUGACGCCCCUGUGGACUUAAGUGCCAGUAACAGCGUUUUCAGGUACUCUCAAAUUCAUAACUAUUUUGUUGCUGGAGGUUGUGACAGUCUGGCCUUGAUGGCCGGCACCGACACCCCUAGGGCGGUAGUAGGAUGCAUGUCUUCCUGCGGCGGAAACAAGACUCUUGGAUUCAACAAGUGCUCUAGUGGUACUGGUUGCUGUAUGACUUCUAUCCCCGAUGUUAUAAGCAAAUACAGCGUGGAGUUCAAGACUCUCAAUGGCAAAACCAUAGUGCCAGGGGAUGUAGAAUGCAUGUAUGCCUUCUUGGUCGCGAAAACAUGGUGGUAUCAAGCUGAUUUGCACAGUUUACCACCGAACGUUCCAGUGAUGCUCGAAUGGGCGAUCGCCUCCUAUGAGUAUAGCCUAUUGAGCAAACAAAAAAAUGGGCGAGGCAAUGAUAGUUCCACCUCUUGCCAUAAAUACUCGCCGCCUGGGGUUCAUAGUCUAAUGCAUUGUUUUUGCAAUCGAGGCUACAGAGGGAAUUAUUUUCUUCCCCAGGGAUGCCAAGAUAUCAAUGAGUGCAAAGAAGAUCCGAGCCUCAACUGUCGUGGGAAGUGUGUGAAUCGACCGGGGUCAUAUGAUUGCAUAGACAAUAAGAUCAUCACCAUGAUAGGUGUGGGCACAGGUGUCGGAGUCAUAAUUUUACUUUUGCUUUCUUGGAGGUUGUACAAAUUCUUGAAAAGAAAGUGUGAGGAAAAGACCAAGAACAAAUUCUUUAAACGUAAUGGCGGACUUCUAGUGCAACAAUGCCUAUCUUCCAUUGAAAACCAUCAUAUGGAGAAAGGCAAGUUAUUCACAUUGAAGGAGUUAGAUAUGGCUACGGACCAUUUUAACGAGAAUCGCAUAUUGGGUCGGGGUGGUCAAGGAACUGUUUACAAGGGAAUGUUGUUAGAUGGAACGAUUGUUGCCGUCAAGAAAUCCAAAGUUAUUGAUGCUGGACAGGCCGAACAGUUUGUCAAUGAGGUCCUUAUUCUCUCUAAAAUCAAUCAUAGAAAUGUUGUCAAGCUAUUAGGAAUCUGUCUGGAGAGUGAAAUCCCUCUUCUAGUAUAUGAAUUUGUCCCCAAUGGAACUCUCUACCAAUUUCUUCAUGAUCCACAAAAGGAAUUUCCUGUAUUGUGGGAAAUGCGAUUAAGAAUCGCUAGUGAAGUUGCUGCGGCUCUUUCAUAUUUGCACUUUGCUAUGGCCAUACCGGUUUAUCAUCGCGAUAUCAAGUCAUCAAAUAUACUUUUAGACGAAAAAUAUCGAGUCAAAGUGGCAGAUUUUGGAACUUCCAGAUCAGUUACCAUCGACCAAACUCACUUGACCACAAGAGUGCGAGGAACCUUUGGAUACUUGGACCCAGAGUACUACCAAACAAGUCAUUUUACGGACAAGAGCGAUGUCUAUAGCUUCGGGGUUGUCCUUGUCGAGCUACUAACUGGAGAAAAACCAAUUUCUCAACUAAGGGCGGAAGAGGGAAGAAAUCUAUCCACAUACUUUGUCAUUUCGAUGGAGGAGAACCGCUUGUUUGAUGUUCUUGAUAAAGAGAUAUUAGACCAUGGCGAGAAAGAAGAAAUCAUUGCAGUUUCUAACUUGGCGAAAAGAUGCUUAAACCCUAAUGGAAGGUACAGGCCUACGAUGAAGGAAGUGGCCAUGGAAUUGGAGCGAGUACGAUCACUACGGAAUCCCAUGGUCGUCUGCCAAAAUGAGGAAGAGAUCGAUGGCUUUAGAACUGGAUCUAUCUAUGGUGCAAUCUCCACAUUGAUGGGAUCGGAAGCACAUGUAGAGCUGACUUCGUGGUUAUACGAUUUGCCGAGAUGAAGAUGCAUUUCGUUGUUUGUGUUCAAUUUUCCAUUGAUAUGAAACCUGGCAAUCUCUUUAUUUGCCUCCAUAUGCGAGUCAUGGAAUAAUGUUGAUUAUACUAUGCUAAUUUCAUGCACCCUAUUGAUAUACUCUUCGUACAUCGAGUAUCAUUGAAGACAAUAUCAUCUCUUCUUGAUUUCUUGUUAGUCUGGUUUAGCUUUUCACUGGGGUGCACUA